CUAUCAGCGCUCCUGAUGCUUAUUGUUUGUGCAUAAAGAGUUGUUUUGAAGAAAUUAAGUUUCUACAGGAAACCACAGAUAAGAGAACAAGAUCUGCAUAAUAAUACAUUGUUCUACUUCCCCUUUACAACAGUCGAAACCAAAAGAUAACCAAUUCAUGUUAGACAAGGGCAUCAGACAGAAGAAAAUAAUGGAGAAUUUCAAAACACUUUUUGGUUUGGCUGUGAAAUACCAAACUUUUCUUAGCUACAGUGCCCUGUCCUUGUUGGCUGCUGUAGGUGAAAACCUCUUCUCAUCCAUAGUGUACAAAUGUCCAUGCAAUGGCUGGAGCCAUAUAUAUGGUUUGGUCUUCCUUCUUGUACCAGCAUUGCUAUUGUUCCUUUUUGGCAUUAUGUUAAAUGUUUCACUAUGGAAACAAGUCACUGGUUGCUGCAACACAUAUGCAAUUGACAGAGGAUUCCGUUAUUGGUGUGGAAAAAGGUUACUCUGCUUGUACAUUAUUUUACAAGUGACAUUUUUGGCAGCAUUGCCUCCGUUGACGUGGAUUGCUCUGGCUCUUCUAAAGGUUAAUUUUUAUGAAUGCAUUGUGUCGGGGCUGCCUUUGGACUACAAAAAAAGAUUUUGUGGAAGCAAUGAUGUGUGUAUAAAAGAAUUACUUUUCAUACCCUGUGCAUCGUCUGUUAAACUAAAUCUUUCCCAGGCUGAGUUGCAAGAAAUACAAGGUAACAUACGGGCUGAGUCUCAGGUUCUUGGCUGGUGUCUAAUAGCCAGUAUCUUGCUUAUUGCUGUGGUUGCCACUUGCUUCAGCAGAUGUCACUCACCAGUCAGCCAUCUUCAAUUGAUGUUUUGGAAAACCUAUAUAGAGAAUGAACAGAAGUUUUUGGAUCAAGAUUCUAAACAACAUGCUGCACAACUUGCGGAAAGGAAUGUGAAAGCUUUCUUCAACCAGGAACCUCAAGAGGAAUUUCCCACACCUGGAAACAAAGAUUGGAACGGCAUCUCAACAGCAAACACAUGGAACAACAAAAAACUGUGUUAUUCACCAUUACAUAAAUUUAUAGAGAGAAAAGAUGAUAGCAUCAAAGCAUCCACCAGGAGUGUUCUCUCUCCAGCCGAAGUCAAUUUUGCAACUGCAGCUCUUUAAUGAGAAAGUGAAAGUGCGCGGGUGCGGCCCAGAAGACAUUAUAGGACAUUUUUAUCUGUGUGUUUUUGCCAGUUUUGGCCUAAUGGCAUAUUUAGUAAGUUCCUGUCACUUUAUCUUAUGAGUGAGACUCAUGGGCUUCAGAGCUGAAACUUGUGGAACUUAUUUUUUGUUUAGAAAAGUGAAGGAAAAUGAUGCCAGAGCCAAACAACAUGUCUCCUGUUUGUUAAAGGACAACUGUAGUGGAACACUUUUAUAUAUUCCCGUGCCCGGGCCUAAAAAAUAAACAAGAUAAA